AUGGCCGAACCUCAUAAGAGAAUUGAGAAUUCUCUAGCAGAGUUGGAAAAAGGCAAGGACAAGCGUAAGUCACCAGUGCCGCGAUCGCGAUCUCGCAGUCCCCGAGGGAAAAAUUCAAGAGGCCGAAGCCCAAGAAGACGCAGCCCACGGAGACAGCGAAGCCCGAAGUUGGCCAAAUCUCCUCCAAAGAAGGAGUAUUCGCUGAAAAGGAAAGGUGGACCGCGCUUCGUGAACUAUACCAAACUCGCGGUGCCACGAGACCACAUCUACGCAAUUGAAGAAAGGAACGGAGAUGAAAUCGAAGAGCUGAUCCGGAGGGGGAAAUUCAACAAAUAUAAAAAGAACGAGGAAGGUCAUCCCCUAGCGGAUGACAAAGAAGAAAACCAGAACGCAAGUGGUUCGAGAACACCUCGCAAUAUAUUAACAAUCAUUGGAGGACCCCAUAUCGCAGGAGACUCACAGAAAUCUCAAGAGCGAUAUGCCAAGGAAGCUAAGGAGAAGCCGCUCACCAAUGUAAACAAUCUCAGUGAGCGGCCAGAGAAAUUAUUUAAAAGGGAAUGCGACGACAUCACGUUUAUGGAGAGCAAUGCGAGAUGGGUCCAUCACCCGCAUUCCUACCCACUAGUUAUUGUCGCCAAUAUUGGCGGAGAUAAUGUCCACCGUAUACUCGUGGACAACGAAAGUUCAGUGAAUCUCUUGAACUUCCAAGCCUUUAAACAAAUGGGAUUGCAUGAGAAGGAUAUGCGACUUGUAACGUCGAGUAUAUACAGUUUUACCGGCGACGUCAUCGCACUGAAAGGGAUGAUUAAACUCUCGAUUACUUUGGGAACCGCCCCUGUAACAGACAAGUCAAUGGUUGACUUCGCGGUAAUUGACCAGUAUUCGGCAUAUAAUGCCGUGAUUGGUCGACCAAUCUUGAAGGAGAUGAAGAUCGUAACAUCAAUCUAUCAUCUCACGAUGAAGCUACCUACUCUCGCUGGAGUAGGCUCUGUGCGAGGAAUCCAGUCGGACUCGCGAGAAUGCUACAAUGCAGCAGUCAAACUCGCAGAAAAGAAGUCAAUAAAUGUCAUCUAUUUGUCGAAGGCACCACCUCCUUGCCAGGAGGUUCUUAGGAUCGAAGAGGUGCCGCAUACGGAUGGACCAGAUCUGGAUCCAAGAAUCCUCGAUCAUGCCGCAGCGGCCCAAGCCGUGGAAGACACUAUUGAGGUACCUAUAGACCCCAUAGAUAAUAGUAAUGUUUUAAAAAUUGGUUCUAAAUUGACUUUUCAAUAG